AGAGCGUGCUCAACUACAUCCAGGCGGUAAUCCGUUCUUUCUCUUCGAUUCUGGGACUUCGAAGCUCUUGUGGGCUUAUUACAGUUCCCAGGGGAAGAUCCGAGAUGUGGGAAACAAGGAUGGUGCAGGACGACAUCAUCAGCCACAGCACCAUCGAGAGGUUGUCCAUCCAGAGGAACGCGGCCCUAUCACUGAGAUGCUCUUUCCGAUGGUCGACAGCAAAAGGGCAUCUGAUGCCCGAUGCGGCAGCAUCACAAUAUCACAGGCAACGAGAAGGAUUAAGAGGAAAAAGUAAUAUCAAACAAAUUCGCCUACAACAUCGUCUAAACCUUCAGGGAGGUGCUUGCGUCUUCUAACAAACCAGCUAUUGCACAUGGUGCACCAUGGAGCACUGUAACUCAAAGCUAGUCACCAGGGAUGCGGGCUCCAUCGCCGCCACGGGCAGAGCCGGGUGAUGCCAUCCCUCCGGCGGAGACGCCGGCGACGACGUCUGCGAACCGCCGCCGUCACCUUUAUCCUCCCCCGCGGAGUUUGAUUCUUCGGCGUCCCACAACGGGGAAGGAGACAGAAGGAGCGGGGACAACAAGGGGAUGGGAGCGGAAGCAGCGGCGUCAUCGGCUCCCAUCACGAAGGCCGUGUUGCGCUUCGUGGCGUCGAGCUGCAGCGUCGCCGGUGCUUGCUUCUGGAGCCGGCUGGAUGGCUUCUUGCGCUCGUUGCCGGCCUUGGUAUCAAUUAGUCGCGGGAUCUUGACCUCCAUGGUUGAUCACGAGAGCGGAAGGAUGCGAGGGAGAAGAUGAUGCGUCAGAAGGUCUCGGGUGGCGAGAGGAAGAGGUUAUAUUUGUCGUCACCCCCCCACAUGCCAAGGCUUCGGUUGCGGUAUGAGAUCGGCGAACGUGAGGUGGAUAGAGGAGUCUUUGGUUCGAUGGACGCCGCUGUCCUCACAUAAUAUAGCAAGUCCUGCCCAGAUCCAAACGGGAGGCCGCCUUGGUCUCGGUCAGACUAACUGUCACUCCUCUUCUGCGUCCAUCCAUCCCUCCAUGGCAUGAGUCCACGGUGCAGCAGUUAUAUCCCAGGAGAUGUCCAAGACAGAUGCCAGCCGAUGGAUCGCCCUCAUCAACCAUUCCUCCCGUCAGGGCCUCCACCGCCGCACCCUCCACCUCUUCCACCAGAUGCGCGGGCAAGGCUUCGCCCCGCACCGCUGCAUCCUCCCCAGCGUCAUUCGAGCCUGCGCCCGCCUUGCCGAUCCGGAUGCCGGCCGAGCUUCGCACGCCGUCGCCCUCCGUUCCUCGCUGGACCGCGACGCCUUCGUCCGCAGUGCCCUGAUCGACAUGUACUGCAAGUGCCGGCGAGUUCCCGACGCCCGCCAUGUGUUCGACGCAACGCUUGACAAGGAUCUGGUCGUCUGGAAUUCCGUGGUUUCGGGCUACGCCCACCAAGGCGCGGCAGAGGCCGCCAUGGUUCUCUCCAUCAAGAUGAGGUCUCUGGGGGUAAAACCAGAUCUCGUAACGUGGAACGCCCUCAUUUUCGGGUUCGCUCACAAGGGCGAAGAUGAUACAGCUAUGGACUUGUUGAGGACGAUGCAGUCCGACGGGGUCGAUCCCGACACGUUUUCCUGGACCUCGAUCGUAUCUGGGUUGGUGGUCAAUUUCAACUACGGCAAGGCAUUCGAGAUCUUUAGGCACAUGGUGAAGACUGCAGGAAUCCGGCCGAGCUCUGUGACGAUCAGUAGUCUUCUGCCGGCGUGCGCCGACCUGGUGGAUUUGAGACGCGGGAAAGAGAUUCACGGCUACGCCCUGGUCGCGGGAGUUGGACGGGACUUGUACGUCGGCAGUGCGCUAAUCGACAUGUACGCCAAAUGCGGCCUCGUGGCUGAAGCGAGCAAGAUCUUUCAUGACAUGAAGGAGAGGAACACGGUGUCAUGGAACUCGAUGAUAUUUGGGUACGCGAAUCAGGGGCACUGCCACGAGGCCAUCCAGCUUUUCGAUCAGAUGGAGGGUGAGAGAGCGAAACCAGAUCAUCUGACGUUUACAGCGGUUCUCUCCGCUUGUAGCCAUGGCGGAAUGGUGGAGCUGGGCAAGAGCUUGUUCCGGUUGAUGGAGGAGGCACACGGGAUAGAGCCGAGGUUGGAGCAUUACGCUUGCAUGGUGGACAUGCUAGGCAGAGCUGGGGAGUUCGUGGGGGCCUGUCGCUUGAUCGCAGAGAUGCCCAUGGAGCCAGACGCGUUUGUGUGGGGAGCGUUGCUGGCGACGAGUCGGAAGCACGGCAACGUGGAGCUCGCUGAACUGGCAGCUUCGCAUUUGUUAGAACUCGAGCCAGAGAGCGCAGGGAGCUGCGUGCUUCUGUCGAGCGCUCUGGCGGAUGCUGGGAGGACAGUAGAUGCUGCCAAGGUGAAGAAACUAAUUAAGCGACGGAAGAUGAGGACGUUGAUGGGGUGCAGUUGGAUGCAAAUGUAAUAGGGAAAAAACCGGGAACAGGGAAUCUUGCUGAAUGUACUCGGACUGAAGAGAGAGUAACAUUUGUUGGUGCUGUGAAACAAAGGCAUGCGUGUAAGCUACCAUCUGCUCUUGCAGCAGCUUGACAAACAUGGUGAGUUAAGUCUGACGUUGUGAUGGCUGCUGCUCCAUCACCAUACAACUACAAGAUGAAGACAAAACUAGCCUCCGGAUGAAGCACAAGGUGAACUAACUUGCUAUAUCUCAGACCAAUUCCACUAGUAUGACUAGUAAAAAAUCUUCUAGUUCUAGCUGCUAUACUCUAGAACAAUCUACCUGCUGAAGCAUUUGGCGUUUACAUCCUUUCCUAUGACCCUAGUCUACAAUCAGAAAGUCCUCCCAGUUAAUUAUGGCUUAUCUAAGCCAGGCUCACAACAUCACAGUCGUAUCACAUCUAAGGUUUGUCGUGAUUAAACAACCCCCUUGCAAUUCAUUCUCCCUCCCUCACUAAAUCUUAUUACCACAUUUAUGGUUUAACUUCCAUUUUUACCAUUUGCCUCAUCUUGCUCCUAUUCUAAUUCAUUUGGCUACAUGCAUUCCAUCUCUAAUGUAGAACUGCAAUUCUGGAAUCUUGCUCCUUUUUUUUCAGUGACAUUUCUAUUUAAAGAGGAGACUGUUGACCAUCUUCUCUCUUCUAUACAAUAGUCUAGCAUAAUUAAUAUUUAAUCCCUCACUUUUGGCAGUUAUAAGCUCCAUAAAUUAAUUUGCCCAUCAACUCCUUGUUCUGGAUGGUGAAUUAUCUGUACUACGCAUGAAGCCAGUUCUUCCUGAAUGUAAACCACCAUCCCUCUGUUAACAGGGUUGUAAGAAUAGUGUUAUGGGGCCAACAUGCACUUCAGAAAACCAUAACAAAUAUAAGUUUUGUGCUCACCAAAGAUUAACUUCAAUACUGCUGUAAUAGAACAAUGCACUUGAAUAAUGACGAAGAAAACAUAGUAAUAAACCUCCACUUAUUA